UGUAGCCACGGGAGACCGUAACCGCCGACAGCGCUUUGCAAGCAUGGGAUGGCUGAAAUUCGCGGUUGCGAUUUCCCCUUCGUUCGGGUGCAAGACAGUUACUUCUGCGGUGACAGCUGCAGGAAAGGCGCGGGCCUCUAUGAAAGUGGACAUGUGCAUGACGUUAAAGGAAUUUGGGACAAUCCAGUCCGCAUAAGUGCCAAGUGCGUCCCGCAGACCAGCGUAACAAAGCCCAGUUACGAAGUCGAGUUCGUGGCAUCAGUACCUGACUUUUUGCUGCAAGAUGCACUCUGCACCUGCAAGGCAGGUAAAGGCGGACGGUGCAAGCACAUUGCUGCCGUCGUCCAUUACAUCAACAACGAAGAAAACAGAUCAUGCACAACUGCGCCAAGGCUCUGGGGCAAGCCUUCUGUGCGCGCACUUGGAACGUACAAGAAGGGAUCGUGUUUGGAUGGCUUCGUCGGCAAGCCAGUGGAAGAUGUUGUGCAACUGCCACCAGAUGUGCCACCUAGUCAGGAUGCAACUGUGUUAGCCGAACUACUUGAUGUUUUGUGGGACCACGACUGUUCCCUUGUAACAGCCAUAAAACAUGAGCUAUCAGUGACAAUUCCUAAACAUGCUGAACAAGAAGUUCUGGUACAUGAGGAACAGAGUGUAAAGGGUCAUUUCCGUUUUUCUGAACUGCACCGUGGAAAUGGCACGCAGCACAACACAGACGAGGAGAUGUGCUCUUACAUGGCAAACAUUGUGAUGACUGCUGAAGAAAUAGCAGACACAGAAAAGAAAACACGGGACCCAGGUCGAGACAUGGUGCACUGGAAAGAAAUGAGAGCCAGCCGCAUAUCAGCAAGUAGCCGGCCUCACGACAUUUUGCAUUCCAGGAAAGCACCUAAUGUACUGGCGGAAAGCUUCCUUUCCGCCAAAUCAUUUUACUCACAAGCGACAGCUUAUGGAAUAGCCCUUGAAGACGAAGCCAUUUCUUGUUUUGCGAAGAGCACGGGGGCUGAAAUUAGGAAAUGUGGGCUUCAUUUAAUGCUGGAGCAGCCAUGGCUUUGUUGCACACUAGACGCAGUAGUUUUGCAAGGCUCCACAUUGUCACUACUGGAAGUGAAGUGUCUCUAUUCGUGCAAGGACAAAGCAAUUGUUGACAGCAACGCAGCCGUGUCAAAUGUUUUGUAUUUGGUGUUCCGGUAUGGGAGUGUAGAACUAAAAUCAUCGCACAAGUACUACACCCAAGUGCAGACAUCACUAUACGUUCUUGGCCUCAACAAGUGAUUUUUCUAUGUCUAUUCACGGGCCCAACAGAUCUGCAUUGAAGUGCCACUUGACAACAACUUUAUUGCACAGACCAUCCCCCGACUUGAUCAAUUCUACUUUAAGCACUUUUUACCAGUGUUAACUCAAAGGAUGGUGAAAACUUCCAGUUAAAUUCUCAUACAGACGCAAGGUAGAUCCUACAGUUCCAGGUGCUUUAAACACCAAAGUGUAAAUUGUGUCAGUUCGUCCAUAGAAGUCCUUUCCAGCUGAAGACAAACCUUUACAUUUACAUCGUCAAAGGCCAAGUGUGAUAUGUAUAAUGCCACUGGAUUAAAAAGGAACGUCAUAUGUAGGCAUCCGAUUCGUUGGAGCCGUCAAAAGAAUGAAAGGCAACGACUUACUGGAGUCAGCUACUGUAACUGCUACU